GCACCCACCCGCCUCUAUCACCGGGCAAAGUCUGGUUAUAAAAUCCCAGUUGUUAGUCCCAAAUCCAUGAGCUCUGGUUUUAAUCGCCUGUGGUUUCUAUUCUCGUUUUUAUCGCCCAAGCUAUAAGCAACUAUGGCCAGAAAAUUCUUUGUCGGCGGCAACUGGAAAUGCAAUGGAACAACUGAGGAGGUGAAGAAGAUUGUCACCAUUUUGAACGAAGCCGAGGUCCCUUCUGAGGAUGUUGUGGAGGUUGUUGUGAGCCCUCCCUUUGUAUUUCUUUCACUGGUAAAAGGUUUACUGAGACCCGACUUCCAGGUUGCAGCACAAAACUGUUGGGUACGUAAAGGUGGUGCUUUUACCGGAGAGAUUAGUGCUGAGAUGAUAGUGAAUUUGUCUGUUCCAUGGGUCAUUCUCGGCCAUUCUGAACGAAGAUCGCUUUUAAAUGAGUCAAAUGAGUUUGUUGGGGAUAAAGUUGCGUAUGCACUUUCUAAAGGUUUAAAAGUGAUUGCUUGUAUUGGUGAGACCCUUGAGCAGAGAGAAUCUGGAUCUACAUUGGCUGUUGUUGCUGCACAAACAAAAGCAAUCGCAGACAAAGUAACCAAUUGGGCUAAUGUUGUGUUGGCCUAUGAGCCAGUUUGGGCCAUUGGUACGGGAAAGGUUGCAACACCUGCUCAGGCUCAAGAGGUCCAUUUGGAAUUGAGGAAAUGGCUUCACGACAAUGUUAGUGCUGAAGUUGCAGCAUCGACAAGAAUUAUCUAUGGAGGUUCUGUAAAUGGAGCAAACUGCAAAGAGUUGGCUGCAAAACCAGAUGUUGAUGGAUUUUUGGUUGGUGGAGCAUCUCUGAAGCCGGAAUUCAUUGACAUAAUCAAGUCUGCCACUGUCAAAAAGGAUGAUUGAGGUCUACAGCAAUCUGUCCGGUUGAAUGCCUUUUUCUGUAACUCUGUGCAAACAUUGUUAGCUGUUUUUCUGUCUCCGGAAUAUUUAUUAGCCCUUGCCUGCCCAAGUAAUAAUCCAAUCCUCUGUUAUGGGAUUUUAUACUCUUAAAUGGUUUGACCUAUGUAGUUUUGAGGCUGUUUUGUUUCGUGUGGUUGUUGCUUAUAUAGAUUUUGUUUUGCAAUUGGAUGAAGCUUUAAAUUUA